UUUGUUCUCUUGCUGUUUUGUGACGGAGUUUGUUUUAGAAAAAGUUGGUGUCGUUGUGUGAAAAUGUCUAAAGUCCAAAUGCUGAGAGCGUUGGUGAAGCAGCGACUAACUGCGGCUGCUGAAGAGAUAUUUGGGCUGUUUGAAAGAACCAUAGCAGAGUACGAGGAGGAACUUUGUCGUUCCAAAGAGGAGAACCACCGACAGCGACACCUGCUGGACGCCGUCUUUAACCCGGAGGUUCGUUUAGACGCAGAUACACAGCAACUGUUGGUCGGGAAGGAAGAGGUUUUACCUGAGGAGCAGGUGGACUGGAGCUCCAGUGUGCACCAAGAGGACCCAGAUCCCCAACACAUUAAGGAGGAACACAAGGACCUCUGGAUCGAUAAGCAGGGAGAACCGCUUCAAGAACCGCAGGUGAAUGAUGUCAUUAAGUUCACAUUGACUUGUGUCCCUGUGAAGAGUGGAGAAAACGAACAGAGACCUCAGUCCUCACAACUUCAUCAAAGCCAAAGAGAGGCGGAGCCUCAAGCCAGCAACUCAACUGAAGGCGUGUUCACACAACCUCGUGGAGUACCAGAACCGGACAAACACUUAGAUCAAGAUGUUUACUUGCAAACACUUAACAUCAAUAAGGCUUCAGACUCUUUUGAAUGUGAGAGCCAACACAGUGAUGAUUGUAAGGAGGCAGGAGAUCCGCCGUCAGGUUUUAAACCAACAUGUAACCUCAGUUACCAGAGACCAUUCGGCUGCUCUGUAGGUGGUAAAACACUUUGUUCAAGCAAUGAUCUGAACCCUCACGUAACACUUCAUAAUGAAGAGAACUCGUUCAACUGCAGCGAGUGCAACAAAUCAUUCAGGUACAAGGGCAGCCUGCAUGACCACAUGAGACAUCACUCAGGAGAGAAACCGUUCUGCUGCACUGAAUGCACCAAAAGAUUUACGUUAAAGCCCAACCUGAUCAGACAUAUGAGAAUUCAUACAGGGGAUAAACCAUUUAGUUGCUCCGAGUGUAGCAAAAUAUUUAGAUUCAAAAACAAUCUCAUUGACCACAUGAAAAUUCAUAGUGACAAGAAACCAUUUGACUGCUCCGAGUGUAGCAAAACGUUUAGAAAGAAGAACAUGCUGAAAGAACACACCAUGCUUCAUCAUAAAGAGAAACGAUUUUGCUGCUCUGUGUGUAGCAAAACGUUUUGCUCCAAGUUUACAGUGAUGAGGCACAUGAAAAUUCAUACAGGAGAGAAACCGUUUCGAUGCUCAAGCUGCGGUGAAAGAUUCACUCAUUCAGCAUCGUUGACGUACCACAUGCGACGUCAUACAGGAGAGAAACCUUUCACUUGUUCAGUCUGUAAUAAAGGCUUCAGGCAGAGAGGAGACGCUACGAGACACAUGAGAGUCCACACAGGAAAAAAAACCUUAAAUUUGGAUGUUUUUCUAAACUCUGGUGCUCCUCUGUUCCAGCCUUAGUAUUAUUAAAUAUGUGAUAAUAAUUAAUGACCUCAGUUCUGUAGUAUUUUCUACAUAGCCACUACAAAGUGUUUUUAAAGAUACAGUAGUGUUCAGAAUAAUAGUAGUGCUAUGUGACUAAAAAGAUUAAUCCAGGUUUUGAGUAUAUUUCUUAUUGUUACAUGGGAAACAAGGUACCAGU